UUGAUAAUUGAAACACAGUUGUGGUGUGACACAAGACACAUAAAAGAAGCGCCAUUUCAGUUACCGGAUGAGUGGAUAAUAGCAUCCGGCGGGGGUUUGAUGGAUUCACUGGUAUAUUUUACUGAUAUUAGAGAUGAUUAUUAGAAAACCUCACAGUCUUUAAUAGUUUACCAGUAUUUUCAGCACAACAUGUAUUUCACCAAUUCAUUAAACUCUGAAUUUCUCGUUUGUUAUUUGUAUUUAUAUUGUGAUUGUAGACAGCAGUGUGUCAACAGGACUUUUAUUUUGGUCUGGUGGUGUGACGUCAUAAGUCUGCUCCUGCAUCUGUUGUGAUUCUGCUGAAGAAGGACAAACACACAGAAAAACUUCUGGUGAAGCGACCGAGAUCCUUUUGACACACUAUUAUAAAGAUGGCUUUUAUUAAAGAGGAGAGUGAAGAUGUGAUGAUUGAAGAAACAUUCAGAGUCAAACAUGAAGAAACUGAGGAACAAACAGACUUGAUGGCGUUGAAAGAGGAGAGUCAAGAUCUAAAUGAAAUGGAAGAGAAAGAUCUAUAUAAGACAGAUUGUGAUGUCAUAAUUGAAGAAAAAUCUUUUAAUUGCUCACAGACUAAAAAAAGAGCUCAAAAGACAAGUAAUGAAAGUUAUUUCGCCUGCCAACAGUGUGGAAAGAGUUUCAGUCAAAAAGGACAUCUAAACUGUCACAUGAGAAUUCACACAGGAGAGAAGCCUUACACAUGUCAACAGUGUGGAAAGAGCUUCAGUCAUCAUGUCAACCUUAAAGUCCACAUGAGAGUUCACACUGGAGAGAAGCCUUACACCUGCCAACUUUGUGGAAAGGGUUUCGGUCAUAAAGAAAUUCUUAACAGGCACAUGAAUGUUCACACUGGAGAGAAGCCUUUCACAUGUCAACAGUGUGGAAAGAGCUUCGGUGUACAAGCAAACCUUAAAGUCCACAUGAAUGUUCACACUGGAGUGAAGCUUUACGCCUGCCAACAGUGUGGAAAGACCUUCAGUGUACAAGCAAACCUUAAAGUCCACAUGAGAGUUCACACUGGAGAGAAGCCCUUCACAUGUCAACAGUGUGGAAAAAGUUUCACUCAAAAAGGACACCUGAACAAUCACAUGAGAGUUCAUUCUGGGAAAACGUCUUACAUAUGCCUUCAGUGUGGAAUGAGUUUCACUCAAAAAAGAAGCCUUGAUGGGCACAUGAGAGUUCACACUGCAGAGAAGCCCUUCACAUGUCAACAGUGUGGAAAAAGUUUCACUCACAAAGGAAACCUUAAUAAGCACACGAAGAUUCACACUGGAGAGAAGCCUUACGCCUGCCAACAGUGUGGAAAGAGCUUCAGUGAACAAACACACCUUACAGGCCACAUGAGAGUUCACACUGGAGAGAAGCCGUUCACAUGUCAACAGUGUGGAAAGAGUUUCAGUCAUCAAGGAAACCUUAAAGUCCACAUGAGAGUUCAUUGGAGAGAAGAGCUACAGUUGACAACGGUGUAGAUAGAGUUUUAAACAACACAGCAAUCUGGUUUAUGGCCAUUGACACAACCGGCUUAAAGUCGUGACAAAUAAAUGAAGGACAUGGCAAAAUCUGUAAAACAAAAUACAACAUGGUCAUCCAUGCCUUUAAGUUGCAUGAGUGUUAAGGCCCUGAUAUACUUCAAACGAAAUCGAAGAACGAGCUGAUUUCGAACAAAAUCGUGACAAAAAGAAAUUCGUUUUGUGUUCUUUAUGGAAGAUCGAAACAGCUUGGCAAAAUGAACUUUCAGGAAAAGUUCGCUCUAGCUUUGUAUGAUACUGUAAUGGUGCUUGAUUUUAAGCAAUCUAUUAAAUAAAGCUGCUAUACAAAUAAAUGUGCCUGGAAGCUAAUUUGCAGAGCUCAUGCUAGCAUGAUGCUUUUAUGAUUUCUAUAAAAAAAUGCUUGCUGUUUUCUCAUUUUUGUUGUGUUUAUUUUGUUACUGAGUGUAGAGCACGUAUUUACAUAUUCAUCUAACCGUCGCUCUCAGCAGUGUGGGCGGCGUCAGAUGUUCGAUUACAGUAUAUCGCUGGUCGCACAUUUCAAACUUUGUUUACCUCUAAACGAAGAACGAAAAAGAACUUAAUUUGAAGUAUAAUGGGGCCUUUUGUGUCGGGCAAAUAACAAAACCUUAAAUUUAGACUGGCCACACACUUUUUAAGAUUUUAAGCCUGACUUUGAGCCCAAUUUUCGAUAGCCAAUUAGUGCGAGUAAGCUUCACCAACCAGAUGUUGUGUGGUUCCUAGCUGCCACGAAAAUGGAGUAUUGAGAAAAAAGUUCACCCAUAUUCUUUUUUUGUCCUUUGGUUUUCUUCCCAUAAAACAAAACUCGUGGCAUGAGAACCAGAUGACAUAGCCAUUUUUACUCCAUGAGAGAUUUUUUUCAUGGGGGAAUAAUUACCUGGAGUGUUACACAUAUGAUGUACAAUCAGACUAAGCCAUGCAUUAAUUUGAACAGCUAUAGCCUACCCUUAACCUCGUCUCUUGAAACACAGUGGCAAGGUGUAAGGAAGAAAAUAUUCCCCCAAGAAAUGGGACACCACUACUACACAUCUUCAUACCUAGUUUUUUAUUAGUGUCCUGUAACAUUUAACCAGUAUGAACACGAAUGAAGUGCGCAUAUCAACAGAAAUCGGGCGCAAGCCGUUUAACAGAUACUCACUCCCAACAUUGUUUUCUGCUGUAUUUUGGACGGCACUAGGUUUCAGUUUGAAACGUAUGAGCCUUCGAGUUUCCCAAGACUGGUGAAGCCGCUUUUCCAUUUGGCCAAGCUGUUUGUUUAACCGUUGCAUCUCAUGCCGAGUCGGCCGGUACGGAUAUGGUUUCGUUUUCUACUGUUUGUAUUACAUUGCAAAGAGCUAACGGUGCUCUUUGCAAACAAAUACAAACAAGUCAGUUGUUGCCUUGGUAACGCAAGAGUUUACAGACGAUACAAGAUGUAAAUAGCGACUGCACUAUGAAGGAUGACAGAUAUUUCUUUUAACUGUAUUAUUCAUUUGUGUUCACAUCAUUCAAAUUACGGAGAAACUGGCAGCCAGGUAACACAAUUGAUCAAUCCUGAGUGGAAAUAUCACUACCAUGAUCUCUACAUGCAUUCUGGAAUUUGGAUUUUUACUGGUUUUUUACUAAUACCGAUACCUAGGUUGGACCAUACUUUCCGUUUAAUCAACAGAUCAAAUGGAUACUGGAUAAAGCAAACAAACAUAACACUCCACUCUAAAUGUUAAUUAGGCUUGGCAUUUUUUUUUUUUUUUUUUUUUUUAUAUAAAUCGUUUUUUUAAAUGUGGUUGCCAUGAAUCAAUCCUCUUAUUUACCUUCCGUGAUGUUAUAGCAGGCACUGUUUCAUUCAUUCAUUGCUUAACAUGGUGGAUGCCUUUCAGUGUGAAAGAAGUUCUGGACAGUUGAAGGAACUGAUGGUGUCCUGGCCGGGCCUGCAAUGCAUUGUCAUUGUUUAUCAUUGGCAUGCAUUUUCAAGUCUUGCCGAUUUAAACUUCCGCAUGAACCGGAAGUUGCAAACGACUUUUCUCCAGUGUUGUGACGUAUUUCCAAGUGAAACAGAAUAUUGAAUAGAGGGCAGAGUUUUACUUUAGCGCUCCUCCUCCCCAUAUCUCGCUCAUAGAAGACAAACGUUUGGAGGGGAGUGAUUUAUGCAUUUUCAACCCACUGACGUUAUCAGAGAAGGAACGCCAUUCCAGACCGGAAAUAACAUUUCAGAUUUUGAUUAAAGAUUAUCGCAACAAACUAUUUUUUUUCUGUGUUUUAACUUGCAUGGAUUGAUUGUUCACCACAAGACUAGUAAUUUGCACUAACAAAGUAAAUGGGGUCGAUUUUGAUUUCAUCUGUACUUUGAGCAUUCAAGGGGAAGAGAACUUGCACAUGCUCUGUGAGAAGUUUGUGUGCACACCCGAAACGCUCACAACUGCGCGUUUCAGACAGUGCGCAAAUAAUAUAAUUAUUUAUCUUUCACCUCUCCUUGUGCCUAAACAGACAAAUUCACACACAUUUAUCCCAAAAUGCCCGCCUUUUCUUACAGAGCAGAAACAUGCACAGGGAUGUUUAUAUGGGUGGCAAUAGAGGUGCUUAAAUCAGUGACGGUGGGCAUUCCGGACAGGCCCGUUGCAGCCCAGGCCUCCUUUAAAUUUUUAAAACCAGUACGGUGCCUGUAGAAGGAGCACUGUUCUUUCUUCACUGUUCUUUCGCCAUGCUUCUUAAGGUGAUCUACAGAGAGAAAGAGAGAGGCGUUUAAUGGCACAUUGCAUGCCAAAGCCUGAGAGGCAAGAGGAGUGGAAAACCUACCCAGAAUCCUGGCAAGUCCUGGCCUGUUUAAGGGCCACCUCAUGAACCACCAUCUUGCACCUCACAAAGCAUAUCAUAUUGUGGAGGGAGACCAUGGCAGUAUAGGAGAGUAAGCAAGCAGGCAGUGGGGUCUCGCAUAGGACAAAACUGAGCCACAUUCUUUUAAAUAAUUUUGAAUGUUUGGCUCAGAAAUUUUGGAAAUCUGCAUUUAGCCAAGCCCUCAUUUUGGAGGUGCAAUUUAAAAAUGUCAAGCUAGCCAGUGGACAUGUACGCAAUUAAGUUCUUAAUGCAAAAUAUUUUGGAGGCCACAUUGUUAUGAGCUUCGGUGAGGGGUAAGAAGUAACAAGUGCCAUACUCACUUAAUCCCACCACGUGAUCCAGGAAAGGGUGCGCUGUGUCAAUGGAGCGGGAGGGCCCAGCGGCCGGCUGCCCUUCAGGCCCAGUGUUAUGAGAAAUCGAGUCACCCCAGACAUUGGGUCUCCUUCAGGAGGUUCAGUGGACUUUUAAUGGGUGGUAUUUUUAGUACUUUUCCAUAAUUAAAUAUUUUAUGUUGGUCUCAGCAUUGAAGGAAAGUAGACAAGAGGGUCUUUUGUCCUCUGUUGAAGCUGUAUUCUAUACUAUAACAUCUGGUUUUCUUUAUGUACUGGAACCAUUUCCAUGUAAGGAACAAGGCUCUGCUAGGAUUGAAUGGGAGACAGGGAAUGGUCCCUGCUUUUGUUUUGCAAGUAUAGGAGAGGGUCUUCUGGAUCCCCAGGAAAGCAAGGGUACCUGACUGGGAGAUGACUAUAUUUAGACUUGUUUUUCCAUAUGUAUCACAUUCCUAUACCAUGAGCUAUAUAAUGUAUUCUCUCUCUCAUUGGUUAAAUCUAUACUACAUCUACUCUUUCUCUUUCUAUAUAAUCUCUGACCCUGCUAAAUAAAAAAUGAGACCUCUUCUGAAAUUAUUUGUAUUAUUCAGAAGCACAAUGCAGGUCAGACAGACGUGGUAGACGUGAGGGUAAAUGAUGAGAGGAAUUUCAUUAUUGGGACAACUGAUCUUUAAUUGUGCUUUCACACCAGUAUCUCUGUUGUUUGACAUCACAAUUAUUUCAAUAAUUUGAAACUGUGUCUGCAGUGACAAUAUUCGGUUACACAUUUAGACAUUUAUUUCACAGUGCUUCUUACAGAUUAAGAAUGUGCAACAUAGGGAGAGGGAUCCCACGACCUGCCAUAGUGAAGUUCUCUGACACAUGAAGUAGAUUACCAGCAGAGGGCAGUCGUUUUAUUCUCAGUUAUACAGUCCUUCCAGAAAAACGCGGAUUUUUUUUGUGAUUGUUGCGGGCAAAAAUCCUUGAUUAUGCGGCACGUUUUCUUAAAAAAUGCGAUAGAAUAUGCGGGAUAUUUUUGCAAUUUUAUGCGAUGAAAUUGCGGGAACUUGCAAAAACUGAGGUUUGAUGAAAAAGAGAAAAAAAGGUGAUUUCCCCAACACCCUGUUUUCACUAGGCUACUACCUUAAUGUAAAGAGUCAUUUCCUAUUACUUCCUAUGAUAAGCAAGUAUACUAAAUCACAGAAUAUUUAAGUUCUCAAUCUGUUUUAUUUCAGACCUUAAUUAACACAUGGCUCAAACUUCCGUCUGUGGUCCAACACGCAGUUGCACGCAGUGCAAAAUAUUUUGCCCCCACUGUCAUGUAACACACCGGGAAACUGCUUCGCGCUGUCUUUUGCGCUCAUUUUUGUUGGCAAAUGAGAAUGAUUUGCGUGCUUCAUCAUGGUAUCACUGAUUUCACCGCAGGGUUUGCAGAUGAUGUUCACGUUGCGUAAUUACGUCACUUCAUAAGGUUCCCAUGGCAAUAGGGGGAAAAUAAUGGCGCUUUACUAGUGUGAAGUAAACACAACAUUUUUCAACUUUCUGCUAAGAUAUAUGUGACUUUUUCACAAUGAAAAUACAGGGAUUAUAAAAUCAUGCUAGCCCCGCAUAUUUUACUUGCUGAAAUCGGCAAAUUAUGCGGCGAAAGUGCGGCGUAUUUGAAAAAAUGUGACCCCCGCAUAAAUAUGCAGACUUUGGCUGAUUUAUGUGUUAAAUCAGGCGAUCGCAUAAUCGCGCUUUUCUGGAGGGACUGGUUAUAGCAUGUACUUAAAGGAUUAGUCCAUUUUUAAAUAACAUUUCCUGAUAAUUUACUCACCCCCAUGUCAUCCAAAAUUAAGGUUUUAGAUGGAAACAUUCCUGGAUUAUUCUCCUUAUAGUGGACUUCAAUGGAGCCCAAACGGUUGAAGGUCAAAAUUACAGUUUCAGUGCAGCUUCAAAGGGCUUUAAACAAUACCAGACGAGAAAUAAGUGUCUUUUUGAGCGAAAGAAUAAGUCAUUUUCAAAAAAAAAAAUUUAAUUGCUUUAUAUAAACAAAUGAUCGCCUUCUAUAUGCUUCCUCGUUCAAUAUUGCAUUACACAGAGUUUGUAUUUACAUAAAAGUGUUUUGUACAUCUUGUUAUGCAGUUACCUGAAAAGAAGUACAAUAAAGAUGAAUAAAGAAAUAUUAAAGAAGAGCACUGCAGUGAUGACAUAUUAACUCUAAAUGAAGCGCAUCACAUGUGCGCCACCUACUGAAGCGUGCAAUGACGUCAUGACGCAGGUAUGCCAAAUGAAACUAAUUCAAUAAAUGCACAUAACACUUUUGUUGAACGUACGGCACAAAUAGUAAAUUAAACACUAUUUAGGAAUAUUAGAAAAACAACAUUUAUUUAAUUUAAUUUAUAAUGGAUUCAAAGAAAAUGUACCUCAUAAACAUAAUUCAAUAGAUCAGAACUUGUAUCAGUAUAUCAUUACUUUUAUUCAAUUUCAGUAUAUCACAACAACACCGGCGGGGGAUUUUAAAUUGCUAAUUCAAAAAAAGUACGUAAAAUUUUAUGAAAGUAAAAUGCUCACGCAAUGGACACGCACCGUUAUGAGUGCCUGUCAACACAUUUUAAUGAUGGGUAAUAUUAUAUUUAAUGAAAAACACAACAACACAAACUCGCUUAAAUAGGUGCUUUUACAUUUCGCUUGAAGACCAAAUCUUCCUCCAUCAUCUUAUCAGUCAAAGGUGAGGCAAAAUGGGCAAAGGGAAAUAAAAUAUAAUUUUUUCCUAGCAAGUUUUAUUUAGAAUUUUUGUUUAAAUAUUAUUUAGUCUAUUUGUUAGAAUUUUAAUGAUUUAAUUAUAAUUUAAUUAAUUGCUUGUCAUCAACUUACGAACCCCCUGCAGUAAAGGAUUAACAUGUUUUACAGAAUAUUGAGUAGUUUCUAAACCAAUAUUGAGAAAAAUAAUAUUUGUUCCAUAGUUAUUAUUAAUUUUUUUUAUUAGUAAAACCAUAUCCACAAAAAAAAAAAUUCCAGCUAACAUUAUAAACCGGACCAAAUGCGAACCUAACUGGACGUUCACAACAUCCUGUUUGUUUUGAUCUGUCUCAUAUGUUAGUUUCCUUGACUGUUUUUCUGGUGUUACGACCGUCUAGGGGUCGGCCGCAACAGGAAGAGGAAGAAAUGAGUCUCACUACCAGAGAGAUUCCAAAAAGAAAAGAUUUUAUUUCUUACAGAGGGUUUAGCGUCAGGGGCAGACAAGGCCAAAAU